CCUGGGCCACAGCUGCGAUCAUCUGUUUUUUAGAGUUGCUUAUUUUGGUCAAAACUGCGCUUUUUUGACCUGAGUUGCAUUAAAUAGUCUCAUACAACUUAGUAGUAUUUGUGAUUCAAAUGGUAACAUAUAUGCCCAAAAACUUGAAAAAUAUUAGAUGAUUGUUUUUUAAAAAUGCUAUUUAUAAAAUUGCGUUUUGAUUUCGACAUUAGAAAUAUUCAGAUUAUAAAGGUUUUUCACAUAUGUUUUAAGAUUUAAAGCUUUGUACGGUAGAAUGCAACAAUGUGCUUGAAUUUGUUUGCAUCUUCGUCAGCUUAUUCGUUUGCAGACUAGAAAAAUGGCGAACAGCAAUCAAAAUACUAAUUCAAAAUACAAAUCUUUCACUGGACACACAAAUGGGUGCGCGCAGCAAAAUCCAGUCCUAAUGGCGAAUGUGUACGAACGUUCACCGGGGGAAGAGGUAUGGGACGACAGCUGGCAUGGCAUCCAGACGGUAAUCUGGUGGCAUCCAGACGGUAAUCUGGUGGCUUUAGCAUUAAAUUGUAACCGCGUUAAGAUAUUUGACAUAGCCGAAGGCGAGCUAAUACAGUGCAUUCGUCGCAGGAGAAUGAUGUUGCAUUUCACCCAAGUGGAAAUUUCUUGGUGACUGGCGGCGAUGACGAUACAAUAAGAUUGCUU